CCAGCUUUUUGGACGAGCUUGCGACCAGCCGCAUCAAGCGUGCGAGAGCGCGGCAGCGCACAAGAUCUGCGCUGCUGCAAGCAGUAUCACUCCUGCUGCAAGCGCUACUGCGGCCGGACCGCGUCCGCAGCGCUAGAAAUAGCAGAUCACAUACAGCAGCACUCACAGCACUCACAGCAGAGCCAAUGGACGCCGACCUAGAAGCAAUUUUAGCGGAAUCGGACAGCGACGACGGCUUAGAGGGAGGCGGCUUAUCCCUAGAAGACAUCCUGAAAGAAGAUGGCGCCUCUUCUCCAUUACAAGAGUACCGCGCCCCGACGACGAACGAGGAGUCCUACAGCGCCCGGGACUGGGCCGUGCUCCAGCAGAUCCUGCGGGAGGACGACGACGACGACGACGUCGUACCGGAGCCGCCCGUACCGGAGUCGCCUGUACAUCAUGAGAAGAAGCCCCAGGCGGCCCCGGUCGGGCCCGUCCUGUGGCGCGGUGAAAGACUAGCGCCCUUCGCGCUGCGGGAGAGACGGUUAGUGGCCCAGAAUGAAUCGAUCGAGGCGUCUCCCUUGGAGACGAAGCGUCGGAAUCGUAGUAAACCCAUCGACCUCUCGCGAGGAGCAACUACUAGUUCAGAACAAAAACCGAGCGGCGCCCUCAAGGUAGAACCGCUCAAGACGGCGUCGAGGCAGCUCGCAGCCAACGCCCGACGGCCCGAGCUCGGCCCCGGCGCGCCCGCCGCGCUCGGGGCUUCUCCGAAGUUCGUGGCGCUCGGGACAUCUAGAGGUCUGGCAUUGGUCUUCGACCACUUCCAGGAAGUGCGACGGGUCCUGGGGACGGCUUCCAGUGACUCAGUACGGUGUGUAGCACUGGAGGACGACGUGGCCUGUCUAGGCCAUGCGUCUGGUACUUUGAUACUGUGGGACGUGGUAAAAGGUUCACAACUACGUAAAGUGGACGACGCCUUCGCCGUGUCAGUAGAGAAGGUCGAAUUUUGCUGUAGGGGUGCGUCCGACCGGGCCGUUGCUGCUAUUGAUUCAUCAGGUGUUGUGAAUCGCAUUGUGUUCCGACAAAGAGUAUUGGGUGGCUCGUAUCUCCACGAAGUCGAGUGUCUGCUAGAUGCGAAGUCGAACGUGACGCCCUGGUUAUCCGUGUCGUCGACCUACGCGGCGUUCUCGUCGACGAGUGCUUCGUUCGUCGUCGCGUUCGCGCCUUCGGUACGAGUGGCCGUGACCUGGCCCCGUCCACAAUCAGAGGUAGACAAUGCGGUCGUCUCUAUAAAUGAUGAUGGCAUAUUGAUCAGAGCCUGGGGUUGUGAUUUGGAUGCGUUGAACUCCACAGAAGAAGGGGCGGCCGUCGAUUUUGUGCCUUGUACCUUACCUGCGAAUGCGGUCGCGCUAUGCGUCGUCGCGCGAGGCGUCAUGAUUCUGGGUAGGGAUGAUGUGUUACGACUCAUCGACCGGAAGGGGCGGCAGCUCGAUGCCGUGUCGUUCUCAAGUGAUUACAUAGCAUCUACAAGAGAUACGGUCUAUGCGCUCCAAGGGAACGAAUUACAACAAAUAGAAGCGCGAUCCGCGCAACAACGCAUCGCCUCACUCGUCGACGCGGGCGAGUGGCUCGAGGCGCUGAGUUCGCAGGUCGACGCGGUUGGGGACGAUGCCUCGGAAAGUGCAAACGCCAUCGAUUUGCUGAGAAGGUACGUCGCGCUGGCCGUGGCGAACGCGCCGGCGCGGCGCGCGGCGACGCGGCAGCUGGACCUGGCGCGGUCGCACUUCAAGAUGCUCGCGAGCGUGUGCGUCGAGUUCUGCAUCGCGGUGACUGACUCAGCGUCUGUUUCUCACGUUUUCUGAACUUCAACAACUUUGUGAAGAUGGCGUCUCCACGAUAUCACGCCACCGCGACGCCGUCGACGUGGCCGCGAGAGAGUCUACGGGUCUCGUGCGGGAGCCGCGGCCGUGUCGCGACGGUAUCAAUCAACGCAGGUCGACGUCCUCGACGUCCUCUUCGACGACGUCUACCACGCCUUCCAGAAGGCGUCGAGGAGCGACGUCUAUCUAGAUUUGCUGGAGCCCUACAUUUUAACGGACAAAUUGAAAAGGUUAGCGCCGGAGGUGCUCCAAGCCUUUGUGCAGCGGUUCCGAGAGAACGGGAAACUCGUAAACGUCGAGCGAUGCAUGCUGCACCUCGACCCGACGGCGCUGGAUUUCAACAUGCUUACACGCUUGCUCAAGACGCAUCGGUUGCACUCCGCAACGUAUCGGAUUUACGUGGAAGGGCUCGGUGAUUUCGUGGCACCUUUAGAAAUUGCGCUAGACGCCUGCCACGAGGGCGUUGAUGUAAGGCACCGAGGUGGGCAGGCUUUAUUGUACGCUCGCUACUGUCUCGAGGGACUGGCGUUUCCGUCUGGUACGGCUGUGGAGCCGACUACCUCUGUGUUGUGGUUUUUACUUCGUAAAAAGCGGCCGGGCAGUGAUCAGGAGUACCCUCAUCUAUCUCUACUCUUUACUGUCGAUGCGCAAGCUUCCUUAGAUUUACUCAGUGCUCAUUUACUAAAACGUACUUCGUAUGAUGCUACCGUAGUAGUAAAUCCAUAUGAUAACGUCCAAUCAGCAUCAGUGACGCCUCCUUCGACGGAUCCGCCCUCAUCUUACUUUGUGGACGGCCCUCAAGCGGCCUGCGACGCCUCCACGAAGAAAUUAUUCUUAGCCUAUCUUGCCGCUCAUGCGGCGCGAGGCGUGUUAGUACCUACACAAUCACUAAGUGAAGAAGUAUUAAGGUACCUCGCGCUGGAGGGUCGCACCGACGACGUCGAUGCUACUGAAGACGACCUUGACGCAUGGGCAUCCCUCCCGAAAUGUUUAAGAGUACUACAACCGGCGAACGUUUCUACCUUACAAAAAGAAGCUUCUGCGAAGGGUCGAAGCGAAGCGUCCAUCAUCCUCCUGGAGUACGAGGCCGCGCGACUACUUGAUUCGUUAGCAUCAGAAAAGAGCCUCGAGAAUCGACAACGAGCGGCCGAGGCCGUUUCACAAACGAUCAAAGCUUCGUUAGCCCAUGCGGAUCUCGACGUGAAGAAGCGGGCCUUCGCCUUCAUCACUUCCAGUAUAUCUUCCUUCCUAGAGAAGGCUCGACGACUGGAUACUACCGUAGCGGCAGCCAUCCGGGACGCGCUACCAGCGCUAGCCCAAGUAGACGCGUCACAAACGGCCCAAGUCAUCGCAAAUGUAUUACCGGAUGAUGUGGCCGGUGCCUGCCAAGCCUUGGCGGCGAAGCCUUCGCUGCAAUUUGUCGUGCUAGAUGAACUGAUUCGAACGGACGCGAGUGUCGACGACGAGGAACGAGCUGUGUAUGUGGAGUUGCUCUGUGAUAGUGCGCCGCACCGCGUGCACGCUUAUUUAGCGUCGCAUGACGGGUACGACGUGGAGGCAACCCUAGAAUUGUGUCGGCGGCAUCGCAUCGACGACGCGACUGCCUUACUGCUCGAGGAGACGGGUGAUGGUAAUGGCGCGUUGGAUUUGAUCCUGCGCGGGCUCGGGAGGCGCUUCGAGGUGCUGAGGGACGCGGCUCGUUCUAAAGUAGAACUGAAUGAAGCUGAGGCUGAUUUGCGGGCUUCCGUAAGUGCGGCAACUCGCCUGUGUUCUAGAAGAAGCGAGGACCACGAAAGUCGAAGAGCUUGGUUCGCUACCUUAGAUGCGUUGUUGGAGGCUCAGAGAUCGUUGAAAUUGAGUCGAGAAUUACCUUCUACAGCAUCGCAGGUCCGAGCUGUGGCGCGAGACCUAGCGCGAUCCUACCUCACGGCGGCCGCCGACCGCGUGCCGCUCCGAGAUGUCGUUUCGAAGCUGUUCAAGGACCACCCCGACGCCACAUUAGGAGAUUUCAGAGACGUCCUCACAAGUGCACUAGCGAUGUCUCGCGUCGACGCGGCCUUGUAUGACGCUGCUGCAACGUGUCAGCAACAAGAUCAGUUCUCGAGGAGGCAGAAGGACGCGUUUUUUGCCAAUCGGCCCCGACACGUGACACACUUGGACGGGAGAGCACUGAGGCCUCUGACUGAGGACGACCCUCCCGCAUUGCACAACCACCUCGCGCUGAUGGGCACGGCACCCGAUGCCGAACUCAUACUAACGCCCUUCGACCCGAAGGAUCCCUUGGGGCCCUGGCAGGCUCAUUCUUACUUACCUGAGGACGAGGAAAGUGUCCAGAAGCGCGAGGAGUACUUAAGGAAGCUGCGCGCACGAAACAUCGAGGGCGCCUGGACGAAGGUCAAGAACCCUGGAUAUUAUAACAAGUACAUGGAUUGUGAAGAUGAUCCCGCGGCGCGCAUGCGGUUAUUCGCCGAGGAGGACCCCUACAAGGCGGUGGUGCCGGAGAGGGAGCGCGUGCCGUUGCCGCCGCGGGCGCCUCCUGGAAGUUUGGACGCCGUGGCCAAGUUCUCGGCGUCGUUACCGAAAGGUUUAAUUGACGGGACGCUCUCGUCGGAAUCUGAGGAGGAGGACGCGUCGCCGUUCACGGCCUACGUCAAGCGGGCGGCCAAGAGCGGCGAGUGAUGUGUUUGUUGUGAGUAUUGUGUAACAGUCUUAUAGUAGAC